AUGGAAUUUUGGGGAGUUGAAGUUAAAGCUGGGGAAUCGCUGAAGGUUCAACCUGAGUUUGGCAAACUGAUUCAUAUUUCACAGGCAGCACUAGGAGAGGUGAAAGAUGUGAAAGGAGCAAAACAUGUUCCCAUUCGUAUGAAGAUUGAUACUAACAAAUAUGUAAUAGGAACUCUUUCAGCAGAGGAUAGACCUCAGGUGAUGUUUGACUUGGUAUUUGAGAGGGAGUUUGAGCUCUCUCAUGACUGGAAAAGUGGGAGUGUCUACUUUAUUGGCUAUAUCGCUGAUGAUCAAAUUGAAGAUGAGCAUGAUUUUUCAGAUGAAUCUGAUGAUGAAGAAUAUCCGAUUGAGGCUCUUGAAAAUGGUGGUAAACCCCAGCUCAAGGUUGAGGACGUGAAGCCUACAAAAGAUACGGCCACUGCUGCUAAGACUGGAACUAAGAAAGAAGAGGCCCCUGAAUCUGAUGACGGUGAAGAUGAUGAUGAUGAUGUUGAUUCAGACGAUAGUGGAUCUGAUGAUUUAUCAGGAGAAAUAGACUCGGAAGAUUUGAUGGAUGCGAGUGAUGACUCCAGUGAUGAAGAAACGCCAAAGGUGCAGCAGCCCAAGAAAAGGCCAUCUUCUGUGUUGGAAACUCCCGUUUCCAACAAAAAAGCAAAAAUGGCUACUGGCAAUAAAAGCAUUCACAAGGCAACUCCUUACGCUUCAAAAAAGUCUGGAAAAACUCCGACUGGCAAAAAAACCAAGUAG